AAUUGUAUAUGUUAGAGCAAUACAUAUGCGGUCUACCGCGUCGUAGGGUGAAACGUCAAAAGCGCAAACAAAAUCAAGGAUUUUCGUUGAUCGAAAAUCUAUUGACGAAGCACAUAAAAUUCAGAAAACUUGACAUCCGUAUAACAAAAUCUCAGGAAGCAUCGCACAAUGUCGAUUUAUCGUUAUACUCACGCUGUAGUCUGCAGGAUUCCCUUAUCCCUACGAACCAGAGGAGAAGUUACACUUGAUGAGGCCAGAAAACAGCACGAAACAUUUGUUCGAUUGCUCCGGGACCUGGGACUUGAUGUUGUCGAACUUCCUCCGGACGAGAACUCACCCUUGUGCGCUUUCGUCGAAGAUAUAUCUGUAGUGUGUAAUGGUAUUGCUCUCAUUGCCAGGCCAAACGAACCUUCACGGACCAAAGAGAUCGAAACCAUUCGAGCUGUGCUUAAAAAGGAGUUGGAUAUUCCAUUGGUCGAAAUAGCGGAUCAAAAUGCCAGGCUCGAUGGAGGGGAUGUUCUGUUUACAGGACGUGAAUUUUUUGUUGGAUUAUCCCAAUUCACAAAUGAGGCUGGUGCCAGAGCAGUUGCAGCAGCAUUUCCAGAAUAUCCCUGUGUACCCAUCAAGGUGGGUGAUGGUGGCGAAGAGGUGAUAGUGGAGACUUUAACCUCGGCCCCACUUCAGGUUGCAGAAUCAAAACGUUUGAAGGCUCUGGUAAGUAUGGCUGGACCUGACGUUAUUUGUGUUGGAGCAGGAAAAGAAUCGCAAGAAGUUCUAAAGCGAAUCGAGCGUGAAGCAACAUACACUUACCAAACAUUAACGGUACCGGAAGAUGCUGCCGCUAACGUUGUUUACGUUAACGGAACUUUGAUCCAUCGUCACGAAGCUGAAAUUCCAGAUUCAUGCAAGGUUUUUGCAGAUAAGGUUGAGUUCCCUACAAAAUCACUCCAGAUAUCCGAGUUAGCCAAAGUAAGUUCUGGUCUUUCUUCUUGCUGUUUAUUGGUACGCAGACCGAGACAUAUUCUUAGCAUUUAGAGAUAUUUAUAAAAAUUACAGAUCAGAUAUAUAAAAUUGAACAAGUUUUUGAAACAUCGGUAUGAUUAUUCAAAGGUAUUUAAAAAACUAAACAAAGUGAAAGCGAAUCGUUGAAUUUUAUGAAAUAUUACAUAUACGUAUAGGAACUUUAUGAGAUUUGAACGAAAUUUACACACUCUCAGUUAUAUAUUAAGGUAAUCACUGAAUUAUUACCCAUAUUCUUUUUCCCAUCUCUAUUUUAAUUAAUUAGAGACAUACAAUGAAUAAAUAAUUUAAUUGUUACCAUCCAAGACGGAACAAAAAAUUUUUCAUAUUUUAAAUCUGUAAUAUAGAUAUUUAAAAUAAUAAUAUAUAAUUACAUUGAUAUUGAUACAAUAUAAGAUUAAUAUAUUCAAAUGUCAAACAUAGCUUUACUAUGUAAAGAAAACAUUGCAUUUUGACGGUACGUCGAUAUCGUUGCAUUUUUUUUCUGUCAACGUUUUUGACAAUUGUUUCUUUAAUUUGUCAUUAUCGAAUAAGCUUUGAGACUCUCUUUUCAAUCGAUCGACUAGCUUUCUACAGUCUUAGCAAGCCAGCAGCUUUUUUUUCUACUGUUAUAUUUUAUACAGCUACAGAAUUAGGCAGCUUCUCAACCUAAGAACUAUGUUAUUCAUUAAGAAAACGUGAUUUAUUCUAACUACACUACAGUGAGAAUGAAAUGAGAAUAAUGUAUCAAUCGCGUACUUUCGAACGGAACGGUUGAAUUUGACACAAAAAAUUGAAUGAUAUUUAAUGAUAUCAGAGUUUCGGGCGAUAAGCGACAGUGGGAUCAACCUGAUUGAUAUUUACUUUUUAUCCUCAGACACUUUGUCACUAGUCACUAAAUAACUCCUUUUCCUAAUAUACGAUUUUACUGAAGCUUGAGCCACGAAUCUUUCUUCCACAGAAUAUUUUAUGUAUUUAAAUUUUGAUAUGUUUUAUUUAAUAUUUAUAAUACCAGCACAAAAUAUAUACCAUGAAGAUGCUUGGGCCAUUCAUACCUACGAUAGUCAGAAAUCACAUCUUCUAUAUUUACGUUUAUUUGUUUGCCACGAUUUAUGCUUCUCAAUAAAAUGUUUCUCAUCGCAA